ACCGGCCCCGCACCGGCCCCGCACCGGCUCGGCGGGCAGUUGAGUCCGGGCGGGAGCGCCGCGCUGUGCCAGCACGGUAACAGCUUCCUUGAAAACGCGAGCAGGCACUGCCGCUGCUCCUGGUGCCUGCCCUGCUUCCCUGGUGCUGGUCCCGAGCGAGUGUCCAGCCCUCCUCCCCAGCACGCUUUUCCCGGUAGAGGGCUCAGCGUGUUCUGGGAUGUUGCCUUGUCUCUGGUACAACAAUAAUGCUACCAUACAGAGGGAGAGAACAGGAGGAUGAAAAAAUAAUUUUCCCCUCUAAUGCUGCAUUAGUUUCAAUAUGUCCAUUCUAGUUUUGUCUCCCGCUGACUUUCCCUCAUUUUCCGGCUGCCCGCUGUAGGGCUGCGCUGUUUACAGUAUAGCCUGUACCUAACAGUGCAGCCUGGGGUAGGUGCUUGCAUCUUGUGCUCAUGUGGAAUCUAUUUAAGACCCUUUGUGGGGCCUCAUUCCAAACUAUGUGCCCUUCAACCUAAACUCUGUAGCAGGAGUGAGUUUUUGAGAGAUUCUUGCAACACAUGGGAAAGUUUGGCAGCAUUGUACGUUGAGUGAAAAAAGCUGGGGUUGUGUCGCUGAGUAAGGUGCGGAAGGGGUUUGUGUGUACUUUGCCUUUUUUUGUGUCAUACCUUGUGCUGACAAGGAAACUGGAGUUAGCAGAGCGUCGAUACGUGAUGAAUGCUGUUGGGUGGCUCAGCCGGGCGGCUCGGGCUCGCGUUCUGGAGGCUGCGGGUCCGUGCCCUGCGGUGCUGAGCUCCGGUGCUGCCGCGGGCUCGGGCGGCGCCAGCCGCGCAGGAGAGGGAGCUUUCCCUUUAAGGAUACACAUUGCUGUGUGAAAAUUUCUGGGGUGGAGCUUCAGCAGGCGGCAUAAAAGCCUGCAGGAUUGCCAGCUGCCUCAGACUGCAACCAGCAUGAACUGCAGCCUGCCACAGAGAGUGCUGCUCAGCUCUCCGAUGGAGGGACAGCAGGGCAGGUUAUGCCUGCAGCCUCUCUGGGACUUUGUCACCGCAAAGGAGCCAUUGAUCAAGUCACCGCUUUUUCCAGUGCUGUUUUCUUUUACAGCAUACAUGGCUUUCUGUCUUCCAUAUGUUGCACUGGACUUCUUAAGCAUUAGACUACCAGAUUUGAGAAAAUACAAAAUCCAGCCACAGAACUAUCCAAGCCUCGGAAUGAUGGUGCCUUGCAUUAUUCAAAGUGUAUAUCACCAUGUGGUUUUGAUCUUCCCGGUGACAUUUCUGCACUGGUACUGGAGACCCAUGAAUCUACCAGUGAAAGCUCCAGAGCUGCCUGAAGUCCUGCUGCAAGUGGCAGUUUGUCUGCUGCUGUUUGAUUUCGAGUACUUCCUGUGGCAUUUGCUUCAUCACAAGGUGCCUUGGCUCUACAAGACCUUCCACAAGGUGCAUCACAAGCACGUGUCGACGUUCGCCCUUACUACACAGUAUUCCAGCGUAUGGGAGUUGCUCUCACUGGGAUUUUUUGCUGCUAUAAACCCGCUGCUCCUGGGAUGCCAUCCUUUGACAGAAAUGAUUUUCUUCCUUGUAAACAUUGGUUUGUCAGUGGAGGACCAUUCUGGAUAUGACCUCCCAUGGUCAACUCACAGACUUGUGCCUUUUGGAUUGUAUGGAGGAGCACCACAUCAUGAUCUCCACCAUCUGAAAUUCAAAUCAAACUAUGCUCCUUACUUCACACACUGGGACAAACUUUUUGGGACAUUCACAGAGUCACAUUCCAAUUAAGAAUAUUUACCUGUGGAUGAACUCUUAUUUUUUAUAGACUGAACUGGGACAUUAUUUUUUUAAAGAGAUACAGAAGAUUGUAUAUUUGAAGCUGCCUACAAAAGCAAUAGCUAUUUAUAACAAAUCCUCUUAAUAUAUUUGUGUAUUUGUAUGUGUACUUGGAGCUGUCUGUGUUAAGGAACUGCAAAUGGAAAAGUGAAUAUCUGUUGCUUAAAUUUUAGUCUAAGGUUUAAGGGAAGCAUUAAGAGACAUUCUCUCUCCUUUCCUUCUUUCCAGCUUUCAUAAAGCAUGUAUCAUGUUACUGUGUGAUGUUUUAUACAUACGCCAGAACAUUAUCUUACUGUUGUAGGAUGAUUUAUGAUGUAAACAGAAAAGGUGCACAUCAUGGAUUUUGUAGAGUUUAAUCUGCCAGAAAAAAUUGUUAUGCAAUGAUUUUGCAAAAUAUUGCUGCCAAGUCAUGGUGGUUGGCUAACUGUUAAAUGAUUUUGAUAUUUAUAUUUUUUACCUUGAUGUACUGUCUCUUUUUAAUAGAGAAUAAAUAUGCUCAUUCUUUUAAAAUCA